CGCUCUUCCAGGAUAGUAUACCCGAUGGCUAUAAACAGCACAUGGGUGGCACCGAGCAGUGGCAAAGCAACUUCAUGGGCCAGCCAAGUACCACAUAUAAUGGCUUGCCAACUACUGGUCGGCAGAAUAUAAGUUUCAGGAACGCCACUGGUACCUCAGCUGACAAUGGCUACGCUGGAUUUGACUUUGCAUCAUUGCCACAGAGCUCAUUGCAAAACAAUCCCUUCGAAGCCGGUAACUAUCAAGCUGCUAUUGCUGCGAAGAUGAACCAGUACGCCGAAGCUGCUCCAGAGUUCCCUGCCGCCUUGCCAUCAAUGGAGACAUCCAUCAGCGACGCCGGUCCACCACAGUCAUCGCAAGAAAGUAUCACCGUCUCAACGGCACCUCGUAGGCCUGACGACACUCGUGCGAAUACCGGCACAUACACUUGCACCUAUCAUGGCUGCACUCAGCGCUUCAACUCACACAACGAAUUGCAGAAACACAAGCGCGAGUACCACCGCUCACAGCAGAAGCAGCAUGACAGCGGCGCAUCAGCAUCAGCGUCAGGCACUGCUUCCGCAUCACCGCGGUCAUCAGUCUCACCGGAUCCUUCAUCCAAUGGCAUGACCUCCGCUGCAAUUCUCGCAAGGAACUCCCAGGCUGGGCCACACAAGUGUACGCGUAUCAACCCAUCGACAGGCAAGCCAUGCAACACCAUCUUCUCGCGACCGUACGAUCUCACUCGCCACGAGGAUACGAUACACAAUAAUCGUAAGCAGAAGGUCCGAUGUCUGAUGUGUCGCGAGGAGAAGACCUUCUCACGGAACGAUGCACUCACAAGACACAUGCGCGUCGUACAUCCGGAGGUCGAAGCUUUCGGCAAACGCUCAAAGCGUGGCGACUGAAUGCUGUGGCCUGUUGAGAGCGAUGACUGGUCAUGACACGGGCUGACUACAACUGAUGCCACGCAUCACACGACUAUCUCGACCCCGUGAGUCGUUGAAGCAGGGUCACGAGGCUUGCAUAAGCGGGAUCUGAUCUUAGAAGAUGCGGCUCAGCUAUUCUUGGCACCCGACACUGCGCUCGGAUUACACGCCACUUCUAGAAGUGUGUUCAUCAGAGGUUACAUUAUAUUUUUCGGCCGCGAACACUUUGGUACCUGAAUUUGCGUCGGUGGCGUGAGCCAGACUUCUCCCGUCGGCAUUAGCAGGAAUCGGCCAGGUGCGCGAGCGAGAACCUCUGAUGUCUGACUUAGGGUUCCUCGGCCUUCCUCGGGACAAUCUCAUCCCGGAUUCCUACAAUAUCCGCUUUGCGUCAGACUUUCUGCAUGGUAUGGAGUUGUUUUCGGAGUUGCUCAUACGACAGCAGCCUCACACAAGAGAAAGAAAUAAUUUUUACGACAGGGGAGAGGAACUUGUCCGGCGGCGUCGUCCGGCACUUGACGCACAGCAUGGCAUGAUAUUUUAUGAGCAAUGUACAAAGACUGCUUGCAUGGAUCUAUUUGCAUGGCAAUGGCGCGUUACGAGGAUGGGAGCAAGAAAAAAUGCAUGGCGAGAUGAAGGGUGUAAUACUGUCAUUUGUUCAACUGUUACUGGCUGAUUGGGCGCUGGACGUCUCGCCUACUUGCAUUUUAUUUGUUAGCGAAUCAUUUUAUUGUUAUCUAGUACGUGUUCAGACACAAGAUGUUAUGACUACGAAGCAUGAAUGGAUGAAAUCGAGAAGUGG